AUGCGUUCCGCCUCGUGGACUGCCUUAUUGGCGGUCGCCGGCACUGCAGUUGCCAAUGCGGUUGAUAAGCGAGACCUACCUAAAUCGGAGCCCUAUUAUCCUUCUCCGUGGAUGAGCCCUACCGCUAAAGGAUGGGAAGAUGCGUACGCCAAAGCUAGAGACUUCGUCUCCCAGCUUACCCUCGCGGAAAAGGUCAAUCUGACAACCGGUGUUGGCUGGGAGGGUGAGCAAUGUGUUGGUCAAGUCGGCUCUAUUCCCCGACUCGGAUUCCGAAGUCUAUGUAUGCAGGAUUCUCCCUUGGGAAUCCGUGACACCGAUUACAACUCAGCCUUCUCUUCCGGCCAGACUGUAGCAGCUUCGUUCGAUAGAAGUCUCAUGUACCGACGAGGACAGGCUAUGGGAAAUGAAAACAAGAUCAAAGGCGUCGAUGUCCUUCUGGGCCCUGUUGCUGGCCCAAUUGGUCGUGCGCCGGCCGGAGGGCGCAAUUGGGAAGGAUUUUCUCCCGACCCCUAUCUUACCGGUGUCGCAAUUGGUGAGACUAUCAAGGGAAUUCAAGAUGAGGGUGUAAUUGCCUGUGCGAAGCACUACGUCGGCAACGAGCAAGAGCAUUUCAGGCAGGUCGGCGAAGCUCAGGGUUAUGGCUACAACAUUACAGAAACCUUCUCUGCCAAUAUCGAUGACAAGACUAUGCACGAGCUGUACCUUUGGCCAUUCGCGGAUGCGGUGCGAGCUGGUGUCGGUUCAAUCAUGUGCUCGUAUAACCAAGUUAACAAUUCCCAAUCUUGUCAAAACUCUAAGACGCUGAACGGCCUGCUCAAGGGUGAAUUAGGUUUUCAAGGAUUUGUUAUGAGCGAUUGGCAAGCACAGCACUCCGGCGUGUCCAGCGCCGUAGCUGGCCUGGACAUGACGAUGCCCGGAGACACCAUAAUGAACUCGGGUCUCAGUUUCUGGGGUGCGAAUCUUACCAUUGCCGUGCUGAACGGCACCGUUCCCCAGUAUCGAAUCGAUGACAUGGCUAUGAGAAUUAUGGCCGCCUAUUUCAAGGUCGGCAGGACCGUGGAGAACCAAGUUCCUAUCAGCUUCUCCUCGUGGACCCGAGAUACCUACGGCCCCAUUCAUUAUGCCGCCAGCGAGGGUUACCAACAAAUCAACUGGCACGUCGACGCCCGAGGAGACCACGGCGAUCUUAUCCGCGAAAUUGGCGCCAAAUCGACGGUGUUGCUCAAGAACAAUGGUGCUCUCCCGCUCAGCAAGCCCAAGUUCCUCGCAGUGAUUGGUGAAGAUGCUGGUCCCAACCCAUUAGGUGCCAACGGUUGUUCGGACCGAGGUUGCGACCAGGGUACUCUGGCGAUGGCGUGGGGCUCGGGAUCUGCCGACUUCCCUUACCUUGUCACCCCUAUGGAGGCAUUGCAGGCGCAGGCACUUGAGGAUCACACCCGCAUUGAGGGUAUCUUCAACAAUUCCGCUUCGGACACGAUAGAGGCUCUAGUCUCACAAGCCGAUGCAACCGCUCUCGUCUUUGUCAACGCGGACUCCGGUGAAGGAUAUAUCACCGUUGAUGGAAAUGAAGGCGACCGGAAUAACCUGACACUAUGGGGUAACGGUGAUGAACUCAUCAAGAACGUUUCCUCGUGGAAUAACAACACCAUUGUCAUCAUCCACUCCGUCGGACCCACCCUCGUCACGGACUGGUACGACUCGCCCAACAUCACGGCUAUUGUGUGGGCUGGUUUACCAGGCCAGGAAAGCGGUCGCUCGCUUGUAGACGUGCUAUACGGUAAAGUGAACCCAGCCGGCCGAACGCCCUUCACUUGGGCAGCGAAGCGAGAAGACUACGGGGCAGACGUCAUGUACGAGCCCAACAAUGGCAAUGGCGGGCCGCAGCUAGAGUUCACUGAAGGUGUAUUUAUCGACUAUCGCGCAUUAGAUCGUGCCAACAUUACGCCUAUCUACGAGUUCGGAUUCGGAUUGUCGUACACCACGUUCGAGUACUCGGAUAUCCAGGUCGAAAAGGCUUACGAUGCAGAGUACACACCAACCACCGGCCAGACCGCCGAAGCCCCCACUUUUGGCAACUAUUCGACGAAGCUUGAAGAUUAUGCCUUCCCGAACUCGUCCUUCCCUUACAUCUGGCAGUACAUCUACCCUUACGUGAACACCACAUCAUCGCUCGAAGCUGCAUCGGAGGAUCCGGAAUUCGGCCAAACUGCAGAGGAAUUCCUGCCCAAGGGAGCCGUCGACUCCACCAAGCAGACUCUUAACCCUGCCGGCCCUGGUCUCCAGGACGAGUCUGGUGGCAACCCGCAGCUGUUCGACACUGUCUACACCGUCACCGCCAACAUUACCAACACGGGUAAGAUAGUAGGCGACGAAGUUCCACAACUGUAUGUCUCCCUUGGCGGCGAAGAUGACCCGAAGGUUCUCCUGCGCGGCUUCGAUCGGAUUACGAUAGAACCGGGCGCAACGGCGACUUUCCGAGCCACGCUUAACCGCCGCGACAUCAGCAACUGGGACAUCGAAUCCCAGAACUGGGUUAUCAGCAGCGCCCCUAAGACGGUGUUUGUCGGUCCCAGCAGCCGUAAGCUGCCACUGAGCGCCCCACUAUCAUAG